CAUAUGCCGAGACUGGCAUCCUGACCCCACUUCACUCAUAAAAUAUAGUACUUACACUACUUACUGUCAGUGUUAGUCACUGUCUGUCACUGUAUCAUAGCCUGUGUUGAGACUGCGUUUGUGCCACAAUGUUGCUGGACAGCGGCCACAAGGCCACGCUCUUGGAAGGGGAGGAGUUGGCACAGCAGCAGAAAGACUUCCAUGGCUACAAAGAAGGCCUACUGCGACUCAACCCCGGCAGGUGGCUCUACACCGCGAGGUUCACCAAAUUCGCAAACAAGAUAUAUAACUUUAAGUGGAAGACCGGUGACGUAGUGGUGAUGACCUUCCCGAAAUGCGGCACCACCUGGACACAAGAAAUCAUUUGGACCAUGAGGAACAACGUCAACUUUGACCAUCCCUUAGCUAUGGAACCCGCAAUGGACCGAGCUCCUUUCCUUGAUUGUGACAUGUUCCUUCCGGAAGAAAUCGCUCCCGACAGCCCAUUCAUGGCAGAGUGCCCAUCGUUUCAACGCUUGUGUCGCGGCGCUGAUCCCAAAGACGGUGUAUACUUACAAAUAGCGGCAGCCAUACCUGAACCUCGAACCAUUAAGACCCACCUGCCCUUCUCUCUGUUUCACCCCUCGCUGCUCGACACGGCCAAGGUGGUUUACGUCGUGAGGAAUCCCAAGGACGUGUUCUUCUCCUAUCUGCACCACUCACGCCUCUUGGUCGACCAUGGAUUUGUGGGUAGCAUGAAAGACUUCAUGAAAUACUUUAUCAAUGGAGACUUGGUGUACGGCGCUUAUGACGAGCACGUGAAGGAGGCGUGGGAGCGCCGCGACCAUCCCAACCUGCACUUGUUGUUCUAUGAAGACCUCAAGGCGAAUACUUUGAAGGAAUUACGCAAACUCAGUGACUUCAUAGGCACCGAGCUGACAGACGACGAACUCAAAAAGAUCGCUGAGUACACCUCAUUUGACCAAAUGAAGGCCCGGGAUAACGAUAAAUUGAAGGACUUCUACAACCACGACAUAUGGAAAAAAGACGGUGGAUUCUUCAGGAAAGGACAAAGUGGUGGCUGGAAGAAAAACCUUCCCGAGGACGUCACUGCUGAGAUGGAUGCCUGGAUCAAGAAAAGUUUCAACUUUGGCAUCACCUUGAAGUAGUCUGCACACAGCAAUAAUUAAUUUCCAAGAGCUGGAGUCACUUAAUUCAUAAAACUCUAAACGUAUGUAUAACAAAUCCAUUAAUUUUUAAAUAAUCUUGGUUUCUAGCAUUCAUAAUGUAUGUCAUCACGAUAUGAACAUCAAUGAUCAACAGUGAACUUAGUCUGGUAUACAAUACGUAUUAUAAAAUCAUGAAGUAUAUACCAAUCAUGGUUCUUUAUUUAUUUUUUUAUAUGAGGCACCUCGAGCCAGAGUGACGCAAGUGCCCAAAAUUGAAAAUGGAGAAAACGCUGUCAAAGUUUUGCAAGUUUCAAAUUGCGAUCUCUUCAAUAAAUUGAUAGAAAGUAAUGAUUGCUAUAAAAAUAUAGUAAUUUGUGCCCUUUGCACUAUUUAAGUUGAAUUCCAUUAUGAAGUUUACAAUUAAAUUAUAUUAUUAAAAAUAAAUAGGUGACUGCGUUUUUCCUUUUAUACGAUUUUGUUUAGGAUAUCACACAGCUACAUUAAAAUUGUAUCAAACACCCACGCAUUGUUUAUUCCCUUUAUUCUAUCUAGUUGUUUUAUUUUCUGUGUAUUAAUAGGGGAAUCACAACCAGUUUUUUUUUUUUUUUGUGAACUUAUCAAUUAUAAAGCAAAAAAGUAAAUGACAUACAAGUAAUUCCUAAGAUGAACACGAACGAUAAUGAUACAAGCGUAAAAAAAAAAAAACUGAAAGGAACUAAAACAAAAGAACUAAUAAACGUUAUGAAAAUAAACCGUUAUAAAGGAUAAGAGGAUAAUAUAAAGAAAUAAUAAAAUCAUCCAAUACUUCCAAAAUCCACGUUGGCUUCCUGAGCCGUUAUUGCCUGGCUUCCUGCGCUGCUGUGGCGAGGGAGUUACUCCUCUCUGGUCCCAGCAACUGAUAGCAUCACUCAAGCGCGACAAGGUUCCAUGGAUAAUUUCACUUGGAUGGAUUUUUGACCCUGUUGCGGGGUCCAUUCUGAUGUCUGUGCUCUCUUCCGUCACGUUGGAAAGGUCGGGGAAGACAAUGCAAUAAAAUAAUAAAUUCAGCCACAAGGUCGCUUACGUCACUCUGGCUCUCGGUGCCUCAUAUAUAAAUGGUCCUUCUGUAUACAUAGUAUAAGUAGAUCUUAUGGUCUUAGGAUUUAGUAUAACUUUAAUUAAUUAGCAUAGACAUCUCCCAAAAGUACUGUGCAUGCCUUCAGUAGUAAACUCAUAUUAAUCAAAA